GGUGGUACUACCAUGUCUUUUUGGUUAGAAGAGAAAAGAAACUGAAAGAAUAAAUAGUUCAGAAUAGGGAUCGUCGCUGGAAGGGAUUAUUUUCACCAUGUCAUCAGACGAGGACUUCUCCCUGGUUGUGACGUCAGGGCCAAAUGAAGACACCAUAGAGGGAGUCCAGGCUCUAAUUAAAGAAUACCAGAAAAAGUAUUCUGAGAUCCUGGAGGAGGAGAAGGAGCUAAAGACCUCUAUCAGCCAAAAUCAGGAUAUGACCAAAAAGUUCAAGGAACGAACCCAGAAACUGACUAAGACUCUGACGUUGGAAGAGGCCUCCUACAAAGAACAGCUUGAAAAUGAAAAGGCCAGGCUGGCUGCUCUGAAGGAGGAGGAGGGCGAGCUGAAGGAGGAGCUGCAGAGAUUCCAGAAUGAAAUAGAGGAGGAAGACUCCAGAAACAGCCACCUGAUGGAUCGGGCCGAUGUGUUCGCCAAAAUGCCAGAGAAGAAAUUUGUCUUCUAUGGAAAGACAGGAAAUGCCAACGAUAAGGAGGAUUUUGAGAUGAAGCCGCAGAUCACUUACCCCAUGGAGGAAGGAACGGCGCUGCUCACGUUCGAGGAGGAGGACGUGGCCAUGAAAAUUCUGGACAUGAGGAAACAUAAAGUGGAUCUGGGAGGAGAGUGCAGCAUCACGGUGGAAGCCCAGCCGGUCCACCUGAUGAUGCCCAGUCGGGUCGAGAUCGACACUGAGAUCUGUCCUCAGCGGGUUUUAGUCUCCAACCUGCCCAAGAUGGACACAGAGGCUCUGCAGAACAAACUGGAGAUCCACUUCUCCAAAUCUAAAAACGGAGGCGGCGAGGUGGAGACCUGCGAGUUCCUGCCAGACUCUGGGACGGUGGUCAUCACGUUCGUGGAGAAAAACAUUGCAGAACGUUUGACGCAAACAGAACACCAUGAAGUGAAGCUCGCCAAAAAGCACAAAGUGAGAGUGACUCCUUUCAUAAACGGAAAGAUCACACGCUUAGAGACCAAGACAUGCAUGUGCCCUCGCACCGUCCUGCUGACGGGAAUACCCGACAUCAUGGAGCAGGAGACUCUGCAGGACAUGCUGGAAAUCCACUUCCAGAAAAAUGGCAACGGUGGAGGGGAGAUAGAAGCCUUCCUGUACAACCCGGUGGGUCAGCACACCUUGGCCUUGUUCGGAAGCACCUCCUCAGCGGAUGAAGACGAGGAGUAGAUCCAGCUGCUGCUCCUACAGAAAAGAACUGCUCACUUAUUUGUUGUUUUGGGAAUAAUCGGAGUGGUGAAGGAUUAUUUAAAGGUGCCAAACUUCAUGGAUGAGGAAAAAAAUGUUUGAUUCCCAAACUUCUAGUUAAAAUUAAUGCUAACUAUAAACUCAUGCAAAUGGUUGACUUAUUCACAUUGAAUCUUUACAUUUACUGACAAUUACUGGUACCAGUGGUUCAUGGAAAAAGGUUCCUUUCCCUGGUUACAAUGAUUUGAAUUAAAAGUUAAUACUUUAAGCAAACAUAUUUUACUGUGCUUAAAUUGUAUAAUAAAAAGAAUAAUCAGGGAAAUCU